ACACACUUUCACAUAUAUACAUAUAGAAGAAAAGAUCAAUAUAUAUUAUUACACAUAAUUCAUAAACAAAGAUAUGGAGAACUUCCCUUUGAUCAACAUGGAGAAGCUCAAUGGUGAAGAGAGAGGAGCCACCAUGAACAAGAUUAAGGAUGCUUGUGAAAACUGGGGAUUCUUUGAGUUAGUGAACCAUGGGAUUUCACAUGAGCUACUGGACACCGUAGAAAGAAUGACAAAAGGGCAUUACAAGAAGUGCAUGGAGGUUAGGUUCAAAGAAAUGGUGGCAGCCAAAGCAUUAGAAGGUGUUAAGACAGAAGUAAACAAUAUGGACUGGGAAAGCACUUUCUUCAUGCGCCAUCUCCCCACCUCUAACAUCUCUGAAAUCCCUGAUCUUGAUGAUCAAUACAGGGAAUUAAUGAGGGAUUUUGCUGGUAAACUCGAAAAGCUAGCAGAGGACCUUUUAGACUUGCUAUGUGAGAAUCUUGGAUUGGAGAAAGGAUACCUUAAGAAAGCAUUCAAGGGAUCAAAAGCUCCAAACUUUGGAACCAAAGUUAGCAACUACCCACCAUGCCCCACCCCGGAUUUGAUCAAGGGUCUUAGAGCACAUACCGAUGCUGGUGGCAUCAUCUUGCUGUUCCAAGAUGAUAAAGUCAGUGGCCUUCAGCUCCUUAAGGACGGUGAAUGGAUCGAUGUUCCACCUCUUCGCCAUUCCAUUGUUAUCAACCUUGGUGACCAGAUUGAGGUGAUCACCAAUGGGAAGUACAAGAGUGUGAUGCACAGAGUUAUUGCUCAGACUGAUGGAGCACGAAUGUCGAUUGCAUCUUUUUACAAUCCUGGUAAUGAUGCUGUGAUCUAUCCGGCUAAAGCAUUGGUGAAAGAACAAGCAGCGAAUGAACAGGCUUAUCCAAAAUUUGUAUUUGAUGACUACAUGAAGUUAUAUGCUGGCUUGAAGUUCCAGGCAAAAGAGCCGAGGUUUGAAGCCAUGAAAGCAGCAGAAGCAUAUGUCACUUCCGGUCCUGCUGCAACAGCUUAAUGUCAUGUGUUACAAAGCAAAGAUUUACAUAUAUUUUUCCUUUUUUUUAUUUAACAUUGCUUUACCAGUCUUAUUGGUAUUGCAUUGUAACAUAUUUUUUCUACCUAGCUUUCUUAAUUGGUUUGGUGUGCUUAAUAUAUCUUGGAGUGUGACCAAAAGCGUAUCAUUUGUUGUAUGAUCUCUUGAAAUGAAACUUUAUUGUUUUUUUCAAA